GAUGAAAUUCUGUUGACUCCCUGGAGGGAUUGUCCUGCGGAGGACAUGGAACCCUCUGUCUCCCCGAAUGGAGAAAAGUGGGAUUUCGUCCUGGUUAGUGACAUCCAUGAGAUGGGCAGCGAGAAGGAGAUCAAGAGGAAGAAGUUCCUGGAUGAGCUGAACAAGAAGGGGUUCACCAUCAAGAAAAUUGAGGACGAGCACCUGUUUUAUGGAGUCCAUGCCCCGCAGCACAUCUUCCGGAAAUACCAGUGUCUUCUGAUGAACCCUGACAACAGGGUGCAAACCCCCGGGGGCCGGCAGAGCAUCCCAGCGACCACCAGGAUACGGAUUGUGCACUACAUCCUGCAGAACACAGUGACACCUGACUUUGAGAAGCUGCCUGACCUGAUGAAGAAGAAGGUGUUCAAGGCAGCAUUUCCCCUGCAUGAGAAAGAAGAGGUCAAUGAAAUUCUAAAGGACAGUUGGGCGAGCUGGAGACAUAUGUGUCGUGAACAGCCAAUUACGUCUAUCAGGGAAUACUUUGGUGAGAAGGUGGCCUUGUACUUUGUGUGGCUGGGCUGGUACACCUACCUGCUGGGUUUCGCUGCAGUGGCUGGGCUGUUGGUCUUUGUGGCUGGGAUUAGUGUGUUCAAUUCCAGCCAGGUGAGCAAGGAGAUCUGUGAAGCCAACACCACCUACAUGUGCCCACUCUGUGAUCAGAAUUGUCCAUACUGGUCCCUCUCUGACACCUGCACCUAUGCCAAGAUCACUCACAUGAUUGACAACGAGGGGACAGUCAUAUUUGCCAUGUUCAUGGCCAUCUGGGCCACUGUGUUCCUGGAGCUGUGGAAGAGGAAGAGGGCCACUGUGGUCACCAGCUGGAACCUGUAUGGGUGGGAUGAGGAAGAGGAGGAGCUGGCUGUGCAGCUGAUCAACAAUUUGCAGCAGGAACCCCAGAGGUACCAGCACUCCUACUUCUGUAGCACCAUCAUCCUCCUCUUGGUUCUGCUGAUGAUCAUGGUGCUGAUUGGCAUCACCCACGCGCUUGUCAUCUUCCGCGUGAUUGCCACAGCUCUCUUCAGCCAGAGCAACCUGGAGUUCCUGCGUGAGCAGGCCAACACCGUGGCCAUGAUGUUGGGGGCUGUGCUGCACUACAUCACCAUUGUCAUCAUGACCAAGAUCAACAAGCGUGUGGCACUCUUCCUCUGUGACCUGGAGAAACCACGGAGCUUCUCCCAGAAGGAGAACAACUUCAUCGUGAAGAUCUUCACCUUUCAGUUCUUCACACACUUCUCCUCACUUAUCUACAUCGCCUUCUUCCUGGGACGGAUCAAUGGCUACCCAGGGCACUACGUGCGCAUUGCUGGCCAGUGGAGACUGGAAGAGUGCCACCCCAGCGGCUGCAUCACCGACCUCUUCAUCCAGAUGGCCAUCAUCAUGCUGCUCAAGCAGACCAUCAGCAACCUGACUGAGUAUCUCAUCCCCUGGACACGUCACAAGCUACAGAAGAAGCACAAGCACCCCAAGAAGAGAAACAUGAUGUUAGGGGAGGAGGAGGAGGCCGAGGAUCCCUGCAAAAGGCAGUGGCUGAGCAACUAUGAACGCAACGAGGUCAACGUCUUCAGCUUGUUCAACGAGUAUUUGGAGAUGGUGAUCCAGUACAGCUUCACCACCAUCUUCGUGGCAGCCUUUCCCCUGGCACCACUGUUGGCCUUCAUCAACAACCUCUUUGAGAUCCGCCUGGAUGCCAUCAAGAUGAGGCACCUGAACCGGCGCAUGGUGCCCAGGAAGGCCAAUGACAUUGGGAUCUGGCUGCAGGUCCUGGAGGCCAUCGGCAUCCUGGCUGUCAUCGGGAAUGGGCUGGUGAUUGCUAUCACCUCCGACUUCAUUCCUUUGCUGGUCUACAAGUACACCUACAGCCCUUGCAUGAGGGAGAACAGCACAGGCAUUGAUUGCUCCACUGGAUACAUCAACCACAGCCUCUCCGUGUUCCGCAUCCAGGACUUUGAGCCCCAGACAGAGGUGCCCAGGAUGCUGCCACACUUUAAUGGGAACACGACCCUGGAUGAGUGCAGGUACCGUGACUAUCGCAAUGCUGAUGACUACAGCUACACUGUCCAGUUCUGGCACAUCUUUGCAGCACGGCUUGCCUUCCUCAUCCUCUUCGAGGUGAGCACACGGGCAGGCAGGAUGAGGCUGGGGCAGGUGAAGUGGCUGGGCAGGGGGAAGGGGUUGUGUCCAUGUCCCUGGCCUGGGCUGCAUCCCCUGACUGCCCAUAAUGACUGCCUCUGCUCCCCGUAGCAUGUGGCUCUGUGUGUGAAGCUGAUCGCAGCCUGGUACAUCCCUGAUGUCCCUCAGGCCGUCAAGAAUAAGUUUCUGAUUGACAAACGUGAUGUGCUCCGUAAGGAUCUGAGCAUAUUGGAGUACUCCAUCGAGGUGUAG